AUGUACGUGGUGAAGCGCGACGGCCGGCAAGAGCCGGUCCACUUCGACAAGAUCACCGCGCGGCUCACGAGGCUCAGCUACGGCCUCAGCCAGGAGCACUGCGACCCCGUCCUUGUCGCCCAGAAGGUCUGCGCCGGCGUCUACAAGGGCAUCACCACCGGCGAGAUCGGUGAGCUCGCCGCCGAGACCGCCGCUGCCAUGACCGCCUCGCACCCCGACUACGCAUCGCUAGCGGCGAGGAUUGCGGUCUCCAAUCUGCACAAGAACACCAUGACAUCCUUUUCAGCGACGGUAAAGGCUCUCUAUACCCAUUACGAUGAGAAGUCUGGUUUGAUGGCUCCCCUGAUUGCUGAUGAUGUCUUCACGAUUAUUAUGAAGAAUACUGCUCGCUUGGAGUAUGAGAUAAAUUUUGACCGAGAUUUCGACUAUGAUUAUUUUGGUUUUAAGACUCUUCAGAGGUCCUAUCUGUUGAAAGUUGGUGGAAAGAUCGCGGAAAGGCCGCAACAUAUGUUGAUGAGAGUUUCUGUUGGCAUACAUAAGGAUGAUAUUGAAUCUGCUAUCAAAACAUAUCACAUGAUGUCUCAGCGCUGGUUUACUCAUGCUUCCCCAACCCUUUUCAACGCUGGCACUCCAAGGCCGCAACUAAGUAGCUGCUUCCUUAUCUGCAUGAAAGAUGAUAGUAUUGAGGGAAUUUAUGAUACUCUCUCAGAAUGUGCUGCAAUAAGCAAAUCUGCUGGAGGAAUUGGUGUCUCAAUUCACAAUAUUCGAGCUACUGGGAGUUACAUUCGAGGAACAAAUGGAACUUCUAAUGGAAUUGUUCCUAUGCUACGUGUUUUCAAUGAUACUGCCCGUUAUGUUGAUCGAGGUGGAGGCAAGAGAAAAGGUGCAUUUGCUGUUUAUUUGGAGCCUUGGCAUCCUGAUAUCUUUGAGUUCCUUGAUCUAAGAAAGAACCAUGGAAAGGAAGAGAAUCGUGCAAGGGAUCUUUUCUAUGCUCUGUGGGUUCCUGAUCUAUUCAUGGAAAGGGUACAACGUAAUGAACAGUGGUCACUAUUUUGCCCCAAUGAAGCUCCUGGGUUGUCUGAUUGCUGGGGUGAUGAGUUUCAGAAUCUCUACCGUAAAUAUGAAAGAGAAGGCAAGGCAAAGAAAGUGGUUGCAGCGCAGGCCCUCUGGUUUGAUAUUUUGAAGGCACAGAUAGAAACCGGAACACCAUAUAUGCUUUACAAGGAUGCUUGCAACAGAAAAAGUAACCAGCAAAAUCUUGGCACAAUUAAGUCCUCUAACUUGUGUACUGAGAUAAUUGAGUAUACAAGUCCUGAUGAAACUGCUGUGUGCAAUCUAGCGUCAAUUGCUUUACCACGUUUUGUGAGGGAAAAGGGUGUUCCUAUAGAGUCCCAUCCAGCUAGGCUUGUUGGUAGCAGAGGAUCAAAAAAUAGAUACUUUGACUUUGAUAAAUUAGCUGAGAUUACUUCGAUUGUUACAUGUAAUCUGAACAAAAUCAUUGAUAUUAGCUAUUAUCCCAUUGAGAAUGCAAGGAGGUCAAAUAUGAGGCAUAGGCCAAUUGGGAUAGGUGUUCAAGGCUUGGCGGAUACUUUUAUUCUACUUGGAGUGCCAUUUGAUUCACCAGAGGCCCAGCAGUUAAAUAAAGAUAUUUUUGAAACCAUUUAUUAUCACUCGUUGAAAGCUUCUGCUGAACUUGCUGCAAAAGAAGGUCCUUAUGAAACAUAUGCCGGGAGCCCUGCCAGCAAGGGCAUUCUUCAACCUGAUAUGUGGAAUGUAGUGCCAUCUGGUAAGUGGAACUGGUCAGCAAUAAGGGAGAUGAUUUCUCAGGUGGGAUUGAGGAACUCUCUUCUUGUUGCUCCUAUGCCAACUGCUUCCACUAGUCAAAUUCUUGGCAACAAUGAGUGCUUUGAACCAUACACCUCAAAUAUAUACAGUCGACGAGUUUUAAGUGGUGAAUUUGUUGUAGUAAAUAAGCAUCUUCUCCAUGAUUUGAGUGAGAUGGGUGUCUGGUCUCCUGUUCUAAAGAACAAGAUUAUCUAUGAGGAUGGUUCUGUCCAAAAAAUUACCGAAGUUCCAGAUGAUCUAAAAGCAAUUUACAAGACUGUUUGGGAGAUCAAGCAGAAAACUGUUGUUGACAUGGCCAUUGACCGUGGUUGCUAUAUCGAUCAGAGCCAGAGCCUUAAUAUCCACAUGGAACAACCAAACUCUGGGAAGCUAACUUCAUUGCACUUCCAUGCUUGGUCAAAGGGCCUGAAAACAGGGAUGUAUUACUUAAGAACUCGAGCUGCUGCUGAUGCAAUCAAGUUUACAGUUGAUACUACUCUUCUCAAGGAUAAGCAGCCGACUUCAGAAGAAGAGGAUGCCCAGGUUAAAAUGGCACAAGUGGCCUGUUCCUUGAACAACCGGGAUGAGUGCUUAGCAUGUGGAAGUUAG